AUGGACCCGUCGUUCAUGCCGUCUUGCGGCUUCCACUACAUUCAACAUACCCCUUGCUCUGCUUCAUCACCAUCCGCCACCACCUCUCCUGAUCCGACGUUCAGUCCGCGUAGCGUCAGUUGUGAAAGCAACGACACUUGUCCCUCGAGCUUCACUCCCUUUUUCGCUUCUAGCACCGCUGACAAACCACUCGAUUCCAGACAUACUCCCGUCCAACUACCAGAGUCCAGCGUUUCGUCUCUGCCAGCCUCCACGAUAUCCGACGCAGCUUCAAGCUCUUUCACGUUGCGCCGUAGACCUCGACCAGCACAUUGCAACAACGGCACUAUUUCCACUGACGCCGGCAUUCCUGACUCGCGCUUCAGUAGCCUCCACGAGCUCCUUGAGAAGGCAGGCUACAAGGAGACGCGUGUCGUCACACCUGACCGUCAAUCGCUAGCAGGCAUGUUCGCCCAGAAGCUCGCUACACCCCCAAGGAAGCCCAGGCUGGUCGACGAUUUUUCUUCAGACUCGCCUUCGCUCGCUGCCUGCGAAUUGAGGCGUGCCUACGAAAGGAGCACCACGUCUCGUUCCACGCCCAAGGCUACCAGCACCAAAAGCCUGCCAUCGCGCAACUACAAACCCCCCACCCAGAACAAUGCGCCACCUCUGCCCAGCGCACCAGCUUCAUCCUCGAGCUGGUUUCCUAACAUCUGGUUUUUUGGACCAGGUUCCUUCUCCAAUGAUGCGUCCCAAGUUGCCGUCCAGGGAGACGAACCGGUAGACAUUGCGAGCCAACAAGAGCCUCUACAAGCCAACGUUGGCUCAUCCACUUUAGCAUCCACAUCUGCAUCUGCAUCCACAUCACCAUCUUCUGCAGUAACAGCAGCAAAGGCCAAGCGAACAGCAACUGUCAAUCCAGUCUGGACAGCAAGCGUCGCGUAUAGAUCCGCCAAGUCUCACACCGCGCCUGUGCGUAAGAGCGCUGCGAUCUCUUCACAGGCGACGCACAGUCAAGCAGACGCGGAACAGGCCUGGAAGGAAUUGCACAAUCGUGGCUCCAACGCCAACACCAAGAGGCGUCCAGGUCUGAUCGACGCCUUUUCGAGUCCCACCAAGCAAGCGCCACACGCCAACGCAUCACAAGCGAGUCCAAGUCGUCAACGCCAGUGGCGACAGGAAAGGGCCAAGUGGCGCGAGUCUUUAGGAGACCUACAGGCCAUGAUGGAUCAAUCACGCCUGCGACGCGAAAUAGCAGCGGCAGCGGCAGCGGCAACCACAGAGACAGAGACAGCAAAAGCAAUCGAGACCGACUGUACAAACGGUUCUGGCAUGGAUGAUGACACUUCUGCUGAGGUUGCUGCAGGCGAGGCGGUAUUCGCAGCGCGAGCAGCACAGACGCAUAAUGAUGCUAUGGCCAAGUUUGUCUCGGGACCUGCUCUGCCCUUCUUGUCCACGGAUCCGGCCGUAGCGCCUCGAAACGCAUCGUGCACGACGCCCGCGCAUUUGAGCAUGCGACGCAUCAAGAGUGUCGAAGUUCUUAGCAAGAUCAUGCGUGAGCGUCGUACGAUUUCGACCGCAUCGUCGAGCUGUAAUGCACUGGACACGACAUGGCACGACACACCAAGCUCGAUCGGUAUCGAUGUACAAGACGGCCGGAUCAGCCCGACAAUCAAGAAACGAUGCACGCCGCCUCGUCUGACCGUGUCGUCGCCGCGCGGAAUCUCGUCACCGAAAGAGCUCGAGUUGGAGGGACAAGAGUUUGAACCCAUGUCCUGGUCUCCUGGCAAAUGCGGUGGCGCGAUCAUCAUCUCGAAUCGUCGCGUACAGAACAAGCGGCGUUCGAAACUGCGUCACGUCUCGUCCGGUGCGGAUCUUGUGUCGACUACCACUGCCAAGGGCGACCUAAAGACGCCGAGCCGUAGAGCAAGGGGCAGAGACAAGACGUUGGCCAACACGUCGCCGGGCGAAUCUGGCGGUGCACGAGUGGCUGUUGCUGCGCUGAUCCGCAAUUCGGUGGGUAGCUUGUCGCGCGGCAGCACGGCGCGCGCUUUCAAGGACGACUUUCAUGUCUUGGACGAUGCAGAGCGCGAAGUUGCGCUGCAAGCAGGAGGUGUGCUCGACUCUCCUACGCGUCAACGAUGCAGCAACCCGGAGCAUAGCGUCCUUGCUCUUUCCAGCAUACACAACACUCGAGCUGCAUCCGACCGCACGGACGUCUUCCGUUCCAGUACCACUUUGACGCUUAGCAAGAAGGACUUUUCCGCACGAAUCACGCGCACGAGCAAGAUCAUGCGUCUCAUCGACGAGGCCGAAAACGUGCCGUCGAUCGCGUCCAUGAUCUCGCAGCCUGUCGUCGCCUCGCGUUCCAGUAGCGCUUCCCGGCCAGCAGUUGCGCAGCCUAUCACUUCGCCUAAGCCUAGCCCUGCCAACUCACGUACACACAUCGCUCAAGGCCUCUCUAGCUCCUUGAGCAAGAACAGUCGCGAUCGCAUGCACACUAUCACCCGCGUCUUGGGUCAAAAGCAACCGCUCUCCUCCUAG